CGCAGCGGGCUGGGCGGGUACGAGGCAGGUGAGAGAGAAGGCUGCCACUGGCAGUGCGGAAGGCCCGCCGCCGGGCGCAGUGAGGUGGCGGCGGCAGGAGCCGCCAAGUCCUCCUUCUGCAGCCUCCUCCCAUUGGGCAGGGCUGGAGGCGGGAGCGGUCAACCAAGCCCCUUGAGCUCGGGCCUUGGGCAGUGGCGUGUCGACUUUGGAUGUGCUGCUGCCAGGUCGAGCUGCAGCAGGAGCCCGCCAAGCCACAUUAUAUAACGUCGGAUGUGCGACAGGAGCCCGCCAAGCCACAUAAUAUAUAAGCGCCCAGGGAGGAGCUGCGCGUGGCAUUGGUCGCUGAGCUGGGGGCUGCACGCAGGAUCUCGCUCGUCAAGCACAGCAAGCCAGAGAGAUGGCAGCAGGGCUGGAUCCACGCAGCGUCCUGGUGACCGGCUCCAACCGGGGCAUCGGCUUCGAGCUUGUCAGGCAGCUGGCUGCGAAAAGCAGCCGGCCAGAAUGGAUCUUUGCCACUUGCCGGGAUCCAGAGGGACCACGUGCCCAGGAGUUGAAAACAUUGGCUGCCAAGCAUCAGGAAGUUGUGGUCGUCUCACUGGACACCACUGAUCCAUCCAGCAUCAAGGCUGCUGUAGCCAGAGUCACUGAGAAGCUGAAAGGAGCCGGGCUGAAUCUGCUGAUAAACAAUGCUGGGAUUGUAAGGAGGAGCUCUCUGGAGUCUGAGACGCCGGAGGACAUGGCUGAGGUGUACCAAACCAAUGUGAUAGGACCCAUGAUCGUGAGCCAGGCGUUCCUGCCCUUGCUGAGGAAGGCAUCUCAGGAAAGCCCCCAGAAAGGGAUGAGCUGCAGCAAAGCCGCCAUUGUCAACAUAUCUAGCGAAUGCGGCUCCAUCACAAAUGUCUUUGCAUGGAAAUUGGGACAAAUCCCCAAUUACCGUUGCAGCAAGGCGGCUCUGAACAUGCUCACCCGCUGCCAGUCCCUGGGAUUUGCAGAAGAUGAGAUCCUGUGCAUUACGUUGCAUCCUGGCUGGGUGCAGACAGACAUGGGGAACACACAGCAACAGGCCCCACUGACUGUGGACGUGAGUGUGCGGGAGACCCUGAGCACCCUUGCCCGUCUCACUGAGAAAGCCAGUGGCACUUUUGUGAACUGGGAGGGGGAAGCUCUCCCCUGGUGAGAUGCCCACCUGCCUUCUUGUCUGCACUACAAGGAGGAACCCUUCCUAGGGGCAAUGAGCCUGCCUGCCUGUGCCUUUGUCCACAAUAAAUGCAUCACAUCCUGUGGAAAAUCA